AUGCCGGACGUGAAAGACAGCAUGCCCCCGAAGAACGCCGGCGUGGCCGAGACCGGCUCGCGGGAGCCUUUGAAAAAGCCAGGGCCGCCCCGGAAGGAGGACAGCGGCCCCCAGGCCCCCGCCCCACAAUUGGCAGUGGCUGGGAUUACAGAUACAGUCACUGAAGUUUCCAAGAAAGACAACAAGGUUGAGACAAAUCAUGAUACAUGUGCGGAGGAGAAGACUUUACCUCUGAGCAGUCUGGAAGGUAAGGUCAAGGAGACAAUACACAAUGACUUUUGGGACCACCUUAAAGAGCAGCUAUCAGCUACGCCUCCUGACUUCAGUUGUGCUCUUGAACUUCUGAAAGAAAUUAGAGAGAUCUUGUUGUCACUGCUAUUACCACGCCAAAACCGCCUAAGAACUGAGAUUGAAGAAGCUUUGGACAUGAAUUUCCUCCAGCAGGAAGCCGAACGUGGAGCCUUGAAUGUCGCUUACCUUUCUAAGUACAUUCUCAACGUAAUGACUUUGUUGUGUGCACCAGUUCGAGAUGAAGCAGUGCAGAAACUUGAGAACAUUACAGACUCAGUUCGGCUAUUGAGGGGGAUAUUCCAAGUUCUCGGUCUGAUGAAAAUGGACAUGGUGAACUACACUAUCCACAGCCUCCAACCCCAGCCCCAGGAGCAUUCCAUCCAGUACGAGCGUGCUGUGUUCCAGGAGCUCCUCAACGAGCAGCCUAGCCUCCUCAAUCACACCACCAAAUGGCUGACCCAGGCAGCAGCAGACCUCACUGCGCCACCAACCUGUCCUGAUGCUUCCGACUCUGCCAAUGCAGCUGGCCCCUCUCCAAAUGAGGCAGCCAAUAACCAAGAGCCUCUCAACCCUGCAAUGGUGUUGUCCCAGGGCUUCCUGAACCUCCUUCUCUGGGACCCUGCAAAUGAAGAGUUCCCUGAGACCCUGUUGACAGAUAGAACCCGGCUACAGGAGCUAGAGUCUCAGUUGCACCAGUUAACCAUCCUGGCGUCGGUCUUGCUAGUGGCCAGUAGUUUCUCUGGAAGUGUCUUGUUUGGCUCACCCCAGUUUGUGGAUAAACUGAAACGCAUCACUAAGUCCCUCUUGGAGGAAUUUAAUUCCAGGCCGGAGGAGGCUAUGCAGCGUGUGAGUGAACAGGUGUCUCAGGAAAUCCACCAAAGCCUCAAGACCAUGGGUCUUGCUGCUCUGAGCAGCGACAGCACAACAUCUCUGAUAGGACAGCUCCAGAAUAUUGCCAAGAAGGAGAACUGUGUCCGUAGCGUCAUUGAUCAGCGGAUCCAUUUGUUUCUCAAAUGCUGCUUGGUUCUUGGUGUGCAGAGAUCUCUGUUAGACCUUCCUGGAGGCCUUACUCUCAUUGAAGCAGAACUAGCAGAACUGGGCCAGAAGUUUGUCAGCCUCACACAUCACAAUCAGCAGGUGUUUGGUCCCUACUACACUGACAUCUUAAAAAACCUCAUCUCCCCAGCCCAGGCUAUGAAAACCAAGGUGGAGUCUCUCUGAUAUUACUGGCUCGGCACUCUGGCACCUUGGAUCCAGGAGGAAAGCCCAUCAUCUUCCUGGGUAACAUCGCCAGUGACCAGCAAAGCAGUAAUUCCCCCACUUGCCCCCACCAGUCAGCACAUCAGGGUUGUAGAGAUGAAGCAUAUGAACAAUUGGCACAAACCUUCUCCCUAAUAAACUUCUGAACUGCAAGCAACAUCCAUUCU